AUGGCGGUGACGUGGCUGGGCACGUCUUCGGGGGCGCCCACUCUCAAGCGCAACGUGUCGUGCAUCUCUUUGCGCCUGCCGCACUCCACCUUCCUCGUGGAUGCCGGCGAGGGCUCCUGCAGACAGCUGGAGAUGGCGGGCAUGGAUGCUGUGCGCGUGAAGAAGCUAUUCAUAACGCACAUGCACGGCGACCACUGCUUUGGCAUCGGCGGGCUGCUGCGCGCGGUCAGCGCGGCACGAGAGGGCACGCCGUCAGCCGACGUGCCCUUUACGGUCUACGGGCCCCCGGGCCUGCACAAGCUUGUGACCGCCGCCCUCGGCUUUGAUGAGAGGCCCCUGGCCAUGCCCCUGAUGGUGGUGGAAUUGACAGUGGACCCGGCCAAGGGGCACGCGCCCAGGCCGGCAGGGGAGAUAUCACAUGUGGACCAGGGGCGCGUGAAAUUUGCGACGCUAGCACCUGAUCGCACUCCUGACGCGGAGGCGGCUCUGCGGAGAGCGCCGGACCAGCGGCGGCGCAGCAACCGGCAGAUGUCAGUCGAACACGCUGUGGAGGUGAUUGAGGGGCUGGCGUGGACGAUUCCGUGCGAGGACGGCAUCACGGUAACUGCCGCGCAGCUGCAGCACAGGGUGCCCUGCUGGGGCUACGUCUUCCAGGAAGCUGGCCUGCCCCCCGUGCCAGAUCAGGCGCUCAUGGCCAGCGCUGGUGUGGACGAGGAGGCGGUGAGGGAGGCGAUGCGGCAGGGCCCAUCGGCGCCGGUGGCGCUGCCGGGCGGCCAGGCCGUGCCGGUGCGCUCUCUCGUGCGGCCGCCGCGCCGGGGCCGCAAGGUCGUGCUGCUCGGCGACACCUGCAACUCGCGUGCAAUCCUCAGGGUUGGCCAGGGGGCGGAUCUGCUGUCGCACGAGGCCACAUUCACGGCAGACAUGCGCGAAAAGGCCCACAUAGCGCAGCACAGCACGGCACCCAUGGCGGGGGCUUUCGCGCGCGCGCUCGGUGCGCAGACCCUUGUGCUGACCCACUUCAGCGGCCGCUUCAACGACUGGCGCGGCAAACCCGGAGCGGGCGAGGAGGAUGCGCUGCCGUCAGAUAUCCAGAUGCUGAGGCGGCAGGCCAUGACGGCCUACGGCAGCAGCAGCAUUUACAUGGCCCAGGACUUCUACACCCACCAUGUUCCCCUUCCUGUGCCUGGCGCUGCUUCCAAGCGGACACAGGCGCCACAAGGGGCUGCGAAGCAGCCUCAGAGGCAGCAGCGUGUGGCAGCAUAA